GUCUUGACAUUAAAAAAAAUUGCCAUGUGUCAUAAAUGUCUACAAAAUUCUAAUCUUAAUAAUUUAGAUUAAUAUCAAAAUGUUGUAUAUUAUUUCCCUAUCAUCAUUUGACACAGUUUGCCCAUUCAGUCCUAGUAAAAUACGAUCAUUAAACCUUCCUUUCUACUGAUAAUUGUGUGUUAUCGUAAUUGAAAUGAUAAUGAAUUAGUUGUUGAGUUAUGUAUGACUAUUACGAUUUGGAAGAUCGUAACAUGAAAGGCUCCCUUCGUGACUGGCGCAAGGCUCUUCGUACCCCUGCCACGUACAGGGUCGGCAAUGCAGUAAGAAUACAACCACAAUUUGUGUUUCUCAUUGGGCUAGUCGGAUUAUUUUUGUUAAUUUUAGUUUAUUACAAUUGGUGGACGAGUGCUCAAGUUCACGUCACACAUAAAUGGAGUACGAUAUCAAGGUCAUACAAUACAACGUAUCCAUUCACACCGCCAGUGAAGUUGGGUGAUACUGUUAGUUACAGAAUAGGUGUGGUGGCAGAUUUAGACACUAAUUCGAAGAGUAGUUCGAAGGAGUAUACUUAUAAUAGCUAUUUAAAAAAAGGGUUAUUGACAUAUGAUAUUGUCAAACAAUCUGUGACAGUAAAAUGGGAUUCACAGCCAGCUAUACUGCUUUCUUCCACAUAUUCUCACAAAGGAAGAGGAAUGGAGCUCUCCGAGCUGAUUGUAUUUGAUGGACGAUUGCUGACUUUUGAUGACCGAUCAGGCAUGGUAUUUGAGAUUGUCAACAAUAAAAUGGUACCAUGGGUGAUACUGACAGAUGGUAAUGGUCAUGUAGAAAAAGGUUUCAAAUCAGAAUGGGCGACUGUCAAAGAUGAAAUACUUUAUGUCGGUUCAAUGGGCAAGGAGUGGACAACUGCCAGUGGAGAGUUCCAGACGUAUGACCCAAUGUGGGUUAAAGCUAUCAAUAUUCAUGGAGAGGUGCAACAUUUAAGUUGGGUUAAUCAAUACAAAGCUGUAAGAAAUUCUCUAGGUAUCCAAUGGCCAGGUUACAUGAUUCAUGAGUCCGCAGUCUGGUCACCCGUUAAAAGGAAGUGGCAUUUCCUACCUCGGAGGUGUAGUCAUGAGCCAUACAAUGAGACUAAAGAUGAAGUGAUGGGUUGUAAUUAUCUGAUAACCGCUGACAGCAGUUUUAAAACUAUUGAAGCUAGAAUGAUAACUAAACAUCAACCGAAGCAUGGUUUCUCUUCGUUCAAGUUUAUACCUGAAUCAAAAGAUGAGGUUAUCGUUGCUUUGAAGACAACAGAGUUUGAAGGAAAAACCGCUACAUACAUAACUGCAUUUAAAACUGACGGAAAAGUUUUAUUACAAGAUUCAUUUAUUGAAGACAUAAAAUAUGAAGGUUUAGAAUUUAUGUAACAUAUUUUAGGUGAAUUUUGUUAUUUUAUGUACAUAGUGUAUAGUUUUGUUACUGCAUACAUGUCAAUUAAAACAACAUUUUAUGUUUAAA